UGUCAGCGUAUCUUUAACCUUGACAUUGGCUACAGCUAGCGCCAUACUAAUCAAGAAAAUGGCUCUCAUUAAAAUUAAAGCGAAAAGAAAUCGGGAAAGACAGAGGGAGUAUAUGAACGUUAAUUCGUUAGAAAUUUUAUUGGACGCUAAAAUAAAAAAACGGUCUCAGCAGUGGUGUAGGGCGUGCAUGAGCGAGACGUGUCUCCUGGAUCAAGGUCAGAGUCAUCAGAGCGUGGAGGACAACUUCAAGGAGACACUGGAGGCGGUCAAACAGAAGCGAAUGGUGUUAGAGAAUUACAUGGGCCAUGUCGAGAAAUUGAACGCGUAUUGCCAUCUGGGUAUGCUGCGUCAGCCAUACCUAAAACACCAGAACUUCCUCCCUCCAUGGCUUAUUGGGGUUCUCGAGCACGAGAUAAGUCUCCCUCUGGUGCCAACGUUCCCCUGCACAGAGGAAGCCCUUAGAGAAAUACACUUGCACUUGUGUUUGGAACAACGGAAUGAAGAACUUCUACAAGAAUAUAUAUCGGCUGCAAGCUGUGUAAGAAGGAUUAGAAUUGGUGUUGCGCGCACCUCAACAAAACGCAGAACGAAGUUGGAAUCAUGCCUAAAAUUGCCAGUGCUCUUUGUAAAGGAGGAAACCAGUGAUAUGAGUAGUUUGACCGAGAGUAAACAGCUUUUAUCCAAAGCGGAACAUCAAAAUGAGUCGACAUCUAAGGAGAAGAAUAGUGUGUCGAAUUCAAUUUUUUUAGAUAACCCUUUGCAAUGUAUUGAACAACACUUAGAAUGGGCCGAGGUUUUUAAGUGUACUGAUGCCAGAGUCAGCGAGUGCCGAGAUGAACGGGUUUUGAUAUCAGGCACUUUUUUAACUGAGGACGAAGGACCAGGGAUCGUUAAACAUUUGCCUUUCAAAAUUAUUAUGUUUCCAGGGGAAAGAACUGGACCAUUAUCAAUGAGAAUGAAAGGUACAUUCUUCAGGAGCUCAGUAAAAUCAAGCUACGACUUACGUUGGAGAUACGACGUGGAUAUUCCUACAGCUAAUAACAACUAAAAACAUACUGUUAGUUAAACUAAGGCGGAUAGUUUAUUACUGGAUAUUUACUAAGAAUAAUAAUAUCAAAUGCAGCUUAGAGUUUGACAUGAUAAAUACUUCAUUUAUUAAAUUUUUGGUGUACGUAUUAAUACUACGAGUGCUAGGUCAUUUUUAGUUUUUAUGAUAAUUUUUUUCGUUGAACUUCCGAAUGCUCUCUCAAUUAAAAAAAAGCUUAAUAAAAUACAUAUACAUAAUACAAGUAGUAAUUGUAGGUUUUUUCUUUUAGUAAAUCAAGUUUUAGUCCUAAAAAAUAAGUUUUUACCGCUAGUGUUUAAAAAAUAGUGGAAUGAUAAAGGCUGCUUUAGCUUUCACCGUUAACGAUUGAUCUGGUUAGAUCCAUUCUCACAUUCGUAUUUUUGCUCCGGAUAAAAGUAAAUGAAAUUUUGCUACCCAAGUUUUUAAAAUCUACACUUCCCAUACACUAGAGAGAGACUAUAUCAGUAGAUAUCUAAUUCUGGAUCUAUAAUCUAGUCACUAGAGACUAGAUGUCUAGCUUACUGA